UUAUCUUUCUUAAAUUGCUCAAUUUUAAAUAGAUGUGUCUGCCUUUGACUUAUGAUGCAUCAAUCGCCUGUGGCCGCUGGCAUGGUAUUGCCAGAAUUCCUAAAGCUUACUUUCCCUCCUCGUACAUAUCAUGUUUUAAUGCGUAUGCUAUUCAUGGAUCAGGCGAAGGUCGUCACUACGAAGCUUUAUAUCCGGUGCCAAGAAAUCAGGUUUGAGCAACCAGACUUUCAUCGUUUAGACUACUUUGGAUACCUUUCAUUCUCGGUCAUAUUCGAUGUGGGCCAUUCCCUUACCCUGUCUGAUGUAUGGCGUGAAGCUGUAGAAAAUCAUGAAAAAGGGUUAAGCUGCAAGGCUAGUGAUACCAAAUGAAGUAUUUUUGUUCAUUGAAGUGCAGUAAG